UACUAACAAUUAUUAAUUCAGCAGUUCGGCAGCCCAUUUGCUUUUCGACUGCAAUUACAAAUUCAAUACAAAAAGAAACGUAAAAUGCUCUUAUUUUAAUCCCAUCUUCACUGAAACCUCUCUUUAUGGGUAAAUCUCAUCCAAGUUGGGGGUGAACUUCUUUCCCAUUUGCAAUUUAUGCACUGUAUAAGUUCAUGAAUUCAGUGAAAUUUCAGGGGUUUGUGGAAAAUUUGUGCCAUCGAUGUUAAUGUUGGGGUCCCUUUUACGAAUCGGAUCAAUUGCAGCUUGGGUUUUGCAUAUUAUUGCUUGCAUGGGUGGUUGUCUGGGGAGUCAUGUCAGGCCCAAACUGAAUUCCUCACUUGAUGAAUUCAAAGGGAAGAAUAACCACGAUUGGAAAAGUACAAAAACUACUCUAUCGGAAGAUUUUUGGACCACUAGCAAUUGUAAUAUGGAAAAUACUGCUUUGCAGUCUUGUGGAAGCAUCUCGUCUACCAGCACACUUACUCAGGUAUAUGAUGCCCAUGGUGCCGGAUGCUCGAGCACGCCUUCUGAAUUUGUAAAUCAUGGUCUAAUUCUCUGGAACCAGAAUAGACAGAAAUGGGCCUUGGAUAAGAAGCCCGAGAGUCGGGCACAACAGCUUCGAGAGCCCAAGUUAAGUUGGAACGCAACAUACGACAGUUUGCUCAGCAAUAACAAGCCAUUCGACAAACCUGUCCCGCUUGGUGAAAUGGUCGAUUUUCUAGUAGCGGUUUGGGAGCAGGAAGGAAUGUACGAUUAAGAAACUGAUUCCCAGGUGAUUGUUAUGAUUGUGGAUUUCAGAUUAUGUCUUCCCUCUUGCUGUAAACCAGAAUUUUAGCAGUUUCUUGGUCUUUUGUUGAACAAGAACCAUUGUACUGCAUCUGAUCAUAACAUUGUUGAAUAUCAUUGGCUUAUAUAAAGAUGAAGAAUCGUUUCUCUUGCUUUUA